AUGAAAACAACGCCAGUUAGAAGAUUUGAUAAACUUUUAGAAUUUACACUAGAAAAUAGAGUACUUGUUAGAUGUCUUAAAACUCUUGGAAUAGGUGUUUCUUCAUCCCUUUGCUGCCAGCAGUCUUGCAAUGGUUCGCCGAUCAUGACACUUAGCACUUCUUCAGAUAUUCCUUCUGCGUUUCCAUUGGUAGUUGUACCAGAUACUUCUGUUUGGACAGUUGGUAGUGUGCACGAUGAUGACAUUGAGGGAUUUAUGCCAACUCCAGAAACUUGUCUUGCUAUUCUCACUUCCUUGAAAAAACAGCACCUGUUAGAUGUAUUCUUUCUCUCACUUUGUUUCUCCUUCAAUGCCUGCCGGAAAUGCUCAAUGUGGUCAACGUGGCAAAUACAACAAGUUUUACAAGUUCCCAUGGAUCACACAGAGGAUUCUACUACGGCAGAAUUUUUGCGUUCGCUUUCACAGCAUAAUCUUACACCACCACUUGAUAUAUUUCGUUUAAUGCUUAAUUACACACUUUUUCAUUCAUUUCGUUUGUCAAAAGAUGGGAUGUGUGUGCAAAGAGAUGGGCCCAUAUUAGCAGUAAUUCCCAUGGUGGAUGUUGCUGUUACGGAAGGGAUUAAUAAAGGAAAUCUUACAUUGCAGAGAUCAACUGCAGAAGGUACCCGUACUCUUUUAAAGAAGAAUUCGCUUUUAUAUGUUAAACAAGGCCUUCAAAGGAGGUCUUCAGAUGCGACAUAUUGGGUGUUACAGACAGCAAGAUGUGUCAAAAAAGGAGAGCGUUUAACGUUCCAACCACCACUGAAGUUUUUCUUUAAAAAUGAUAUAGCCAGCUCGGUGUUAUGA